AUGACUUCCAUGGCAUCGGGGCUUUUCAAGUCCCUCCCCAAACCCAAGUACACCGGCGAAGAAGAGGAGUUGCCGCAGCAUGCGCAACCCCGUGGUCCGCGUGUGGUGGGCGCCGACCAGCUCGAUGAAACACAGGUCGUCUUACGGAGAGUUGGACCUCCGCCCUACGGUAACCGCACAGGAUGGCGACCGCGAGCCCCCGAAGAUUUUGGCGACGGCGGCGCGUUCCCCGAGAUUCUAGUCGCACAGUAUCCCCUCGACAUGGGCCGGAAGGGAACAUCCUCGACCUCGAACGCGCUUGCAGUACAGGUCGAUGCUGAGGGCAAAGUCAAGUACGACGCGAUCGCGCGCCGCGGACACGGUGACAGCCGCACCGUACAUGCUUCAUUCAAAGAUUUGAUCCCGCUCCGCCAGCGGGUGGAUAUGGGAGAGAUUUCGCUCGAUCGCCCGUCCGAGGAGGAAGUUGCUGCGCAGAUGGAGAAAACGAAGAAUGCUUUGUCCAGUCUGGUGGACGGAGCUUUGCAGGCACAGAAACCGAAGAACGUCAAAGGUGGAAGCAGAGCCGAGCCGACUUUUGUCCGAUAUACACCAGCGAACCAGAUGGGAGAUAAUGAGCGCAAGAACGACCGCAUUAUGAAGAUUGUCGAGCGCCAGCAGGAUCCCAUGGAGCCGCCCAAGUUUAAGCACAAGAAGAUUCCCCGUGGCCCGCCGUCGCCCCCUCCUCCGGUGAUGCAUUCGCCUCCGCGGAAGCUCACGGCCGAAGAUCAGGAAGCUUGGAAGAUUCCUCCGCCUGUGUCGAAUUGGAAGAAUCCCAAGGGUUAUACUGUCCCCUUGGACAAGCGUCUGGCUGCGGAUGGUCGUGGAUUGCAGGAUGUUUCGAUCAACGACAAAUUUGCCCAGUUCGCCGAGGCGUUGUUCACGGCUGAUCGCCACGCCCGUGAAGAGGUGCAGCUCCGUGCUCAGAUGCAGCAGAAGCUGGCAGAGAAGGAGAAGGCCCAGAAGGAGGAUCAUCUCCGGCAGCUGGCUCAAAAGGCCCGCGAGGGGCGUGCUGGUCCCAGUCGCGGCGAGUCUCGGGCGCGCUCGCGUUCUCGAAGCGGAAGCCGCAGUGUGUCACCAUACCGCUCAAGGUCCGGCACCCCGAGUGAGGACGGCGAAGCUGCUCGUGAGCGUGAGGAGCAGCGUCGGGAGCGACGACAAGAACACGAGCGGCAGCUGCGCCAGUCCCGCAUGGGUACAGAACGUAAGAUCCAGGCCAUGGCCCGCGAGCAGAGCCGUGAUAUCUCUGAGAAGGUGGCUCUGGGAUUGGCUAAGCCCACUCAGAGCUCCGAGUCUAUGUGGGAUUCGCGCCUGUUCAACCAGACCAGUGGCAUGCAUUCUGGUUUCAAUGAAGAUAACCCCUACGAUAAGCCGCUGUUCGCCGCGCAGGACGCCAUCAACAGCAUCUACCGCCCGCGGGCUCAGGCUGAUGCCGACGACGAAGACGCGGAUGAAGGAGAGAUGAGCAAGAUCCAGAAGACUAGCCGGUUUGAGGUUCUAGGACGAGCCAAGGAGGGAUUCAAGGGAGCUGCUGACGCCGAGGAGCGCGAGGGUCCUGUUCAGUUUGAGAAGGACACUGCGGACCCAUUCGGCAUUGAUAGCAUGAUCGCCGAUGUGACUUCCGGCCAGAAGCGGUACGGAAUCCAAGAGGCGGGCGAAGAUGAUCGUGGCUCGAAACGCGCAAGGGUCGACGAGGACUAG